AUGUCAGGCCUAAGAGCUCCAUCUAAUUAUACUGAAGAACCACAACGUCAUCCAAGUCUCAUUGUAAAUUCCCAGGAACCUUUCAACGCAGAACCACCACGUUCAGCCUUAAUCGCAUCCUAUGUGACGCCAGUAGAUUUGUUCUACAAGCGAAACCAUGGGCCAAUCCCUGUCAUUGAUGACAUUGAAAGAUAUCGAGUGUCUAUAUGUGGUUUGGUGGAAAAGCCCCUGGAACUAUCAAUGGCUGAUAUUAGGAAGCUACGAAGGCACAUUGUGACAGCCACUUUACAAUGUGCAGGUAACAGAAGGACUGCAAUGAGCAAAGUAAAAGCAGUGAAAGGUGUUGGCUGGGAUGUUUCUGCCAUUGGAAAUGCUAUUUGGGGUGGGGCUAAACUUGCUGAUGUUCUCGAACUUGUGGGGAUCUCUAAGUUAACAUCAGUGUCCCCAUUAGGAGGAAAGCAUGUUGAGUUCGUAAGUGUUGACAAGUGCAAGGAGGAAAAAGGAGGACCGUACAAGGGAUCAAUUCCGUUAAUUCAGGCAACAAACUCAGAUGCUGAGGUUUUACUUGCAUAUGAGAUGAAUGGAGAGCCUCUAAACAGGGAUCACGGGUAUCCGCUGCGCGUAAUUGUUCCUGGUGUUAUAGGUGCUCGUUCUGUUAAAUGGCUGAGUUCUAUCAAUAUAAUUGAAAAUGAGUGUCAGGGAUUCUUUAUGCAAAGGGACUACAAAAUGUUUCCUCCUACUGUGAACUGGGAAAAUAUUGAUUGGUCAACCCGGAGGCCUCAAAUGGAUUUUCCUGUUCAGUCUGUUAUUUGUUCUUUGGAGGAAGAAAAUACAGUGAAGCCUGGAAAGAUAGUAGUUCAUGGAUAUGCAGCGUCUGGAGGUGGGCGGGGGAUCGAAAGAGUAGAUGUAUCUUUUGAUGGUGGCAAGACAUGGGUGGAAGCAAUCAGAUACCAAAAGAGUGGAAUUCCAUAUGUUGCAGAUGAUACAAGUAGUGACAAGUGGGCAUGGGUGCUAUUUAAGGCUGAGGCAGAUGUCUCUCACACUACUGAAAUUGUCGCUAAAGCAGUUGAUAUAUCUGCGAACGUCCAACCCAAAAAUGUGGAGGUCAUCUGGAACCUGAGAGGAAUUCUCAACACUUCCUGGCACAGGGUCCAUAUUCACGUCCAACACCCUGAUUUGUGA